AUGUCUUCUCUGGCCCUCAACAUGACGAAACGCCUCGUGUCCAGAACAUGGCGAGUCGACAUGCAGCGCAGAUUCGCCUCGACACGCCCACAAUUCAACUGGGAGGACCCUCUCGGAUCCCAGGGUCUGCUUACAGAAGAGGAACUAGGGAUCCAAGAUACCGCGCGGUCGUACUGUCAAGAACAACUGUUGCCUCGCGUCCUGGAUGCGUACCGGACCGAGACCUACGACCGUGAGAUAUUGCGCGAGAUGGGCGAGCUAGGUCUCCUGGGUGCGACCAUCAAGGGUUACGGGUGUGCGGGGGUCAGUAGUGUCGCGUCCGGCUUGAUCACUCGCGAAGUCGAGAGAGUCGAUUCGGGCUACCGCUCUGGCAUGUCGGUGCAGAGUUCGCUGGUGAUGGGGCCGAUCGAGCAGUUCGGCAGUCCGGACCAGAAGGACAGAUGGCUAGAGAAACUAGGGCAGGGAAAGUUGGUGGGCUGCUUUGGACUGACCGAGCCCAACCACGGCUCGGACCCGGGGUCGAUGGAAACCACGGCGAAGCCGCAUCCCACUAAAAAGGGAUACUACUCGCUCUCAGGCGCGAAGACGUGGAUCACAAACUCCCCCAUUGCCGACCUUUUGCUGGUCUGGGCCAAACUGGACGGAGUGAUCAAGGGCUUCGUUGUCGAACGCGACGCCUGUCCGCCCGGCACGCUCGAGACACCAGCCCUCAAGAAUAAGACUGGCCUACGCGCCUCGAUCACGGGUAUGAUUCAACUCGACAACUGCCCGGUCCCCGAGCAGAACAUGCUGAAUGUGUCCGGCCUCAAGGGCCCGUUCACUUGCUUGAAUUCCGCCCGCUAUGGGAUUGCCUGGGGUGUGAUGGGCGCUUUGGAAGACAGCCUCUCCCGGGCACGCACCUACGCGCUCGAGCGGAAGCAGUUCAACCAGCCACUCGCAAAGUUCCAGCUCAUCCAGAAGAAACUGGCCGAUGCUAUGACAGAUGCCGCCUACGGCAUCCUCGCCGCGCACCAGGUCGGCCGGUUGAAGGACGCCGACGCCGACGCCGGGCAGCAAGCCACGCCGGAGAUGAUAUCACUUAUCAAGCGGCAGAAUUGCGACCGCGCCUUAUUCCAUGCUCGCACUCUGCAGGAAAUUUUUGGCGGAAAUGCUGCCAGUGAUGAGUAUCACAUCGGCCGGCAUGUUGCCAACCUUUACGUCACGCAGACAUACGAGGGCCAGAGUGAUAUCCACGCCCUGAUUCUAGGGAGGGCAAUCACUGGCGUGCAGGCUUUUGCCUGA